ACAUAAAAGUGGGAACUUCCAAGCACGGAGCGUAUUCCUUGAUUUAUCGUAACGUUGAACGCAUCGCUGUAUUUUCGUACUGUUUGAAAGGAUGGCUCGUACCAAGCAGACUGCACGUAAAUCAACUGGUGGAAAGGCUCCACGUAAGCAGUUGGCUACUAAGGCUGCUCGUAAGAGUGCCCCGGCCACCGGUGGAGUGAAGAAGCCUCAUCGCUAUAGACCUGGAACUGUCGCUCUUCGUGAAAUCCGAAGAUACCAAAAGAGCACCGAACUGUUGAUCAGAAAGUUACCAUUCCAACGUCUGGUUCGUGAAAUCGCUCAAGAUUUCAAGACCGAUCUAAGAUUCCAGAGCUCCGCUGUCAUGGCUUUGCAAGAAGCCAGCGAAGCUUACCUCGUUGGUCUUUUCGAAGAUACCAACCUGUGCGCAAUCCAUGCUAAACGUGUUACCAUUAUGCCAAAAGACAUUCAGUUGGCCCGCCGUAUUCGAGGAGAGAGAGCCUAAACAGCCUAUCUUUUCUUUUUUUUUUUUUUUAUAAACAAUCGGCCCUUUUUAGGGCCAAAAUUCUCUUCAAUAUAGGAACUCUUCCAGGAUACUUGCGAUUUUCUACUGUACUCGUGAAAUUUUAGAAAAUUUAGAAAAAGUUUUUAUAUUACUAUUAUAAAAUACUAUGUCGGACUUUAUUAUAUUAUAUUCAUGAGUUAUUGUCGUGAAAGUAGAAAAUUUCAUACGAAUGAUUCUUAACAGAUACCUCGUCUUAUCUUUUCCGUUUACCGCAUCAGAAGUACGAUUAGAUAUUAAGAGGAAAAACAAUAUUCGAUUUUGUCCAUGGUCGCAAUAAGUUAGUCAGAUAAAUAAUGUAAAAAGUGAUAAUGCACUUAUAUAAUUUAAAGUGCAGAAGCAUUUAGAAUUUAGUUUUUUCAAUGGAAUAUUUCACAACUAGAAUUUGGAAUAGACAUAAUAAAUAAAUGCUGAAGUAUUCUACUAUUAGAGUUUGCAUUAGGCAUGGUUCCUCAAAGAGAACAGAACAUCUGCUUAUCUGUCCGUCCUUUGUGCACGUGUCAAGGCAUUCAUUGCAUUUAUGACUACUAUUCCUUGAGGGACAAUUUGUGACUCAUUCUAAACUUUCUAAAAUUUUUUGAGAUUUUACGAUUUUCUGUUCCUAAACUUCGCUUUCAAAUGGUACACUGUAUCUUAAGCUUUUUUCUUUACCUUUCUCGACGUAACUUACAAUUUCUAGAAACGCCUAAGACAUGCUUUAAAAUGUACAGUAUAAAAUAGAGAAUGUACCAAACAUAUAGAUAGCGAUGUAGUAAACCAGAAUAUUAAAUGAUAGUACGAAGAACGGUUCUUGAACUGAAGAUACUUUAGAAUCAUAGUUCUUGAAUACUAACGCAAUAAGAGAAAUGAAAUCUUUUAAAGUUCUAUAA